AUGAUCAUAUCCUUUCGAUUCCUGUUUGCCUAUGUGCUAGGUGGACUUACGCUGCUACCAAUUACCGCCAUCACACUGUACAUCAUUUACAUUGUACAUGACAAACUAUUUAUCUACAGCCAAAAGAUAUCAACCGAAAACAAGACACAGGACAAGAGCGAAAACGAGAGUAGUACGGGACAUCUAUAUAAAGUGGGAUGGCUGCGGGUGUCUCGGGAUGAAGACCAAUCACUACCCGAUGCCUCAAUCGGUGAUAUGGUCAAGAACUACAUCUCUGGUAAAGCCAGCAAGAGAGAGAAUGCCAAUGUUUACUUCUCUGUCCUCAAAUACAAUACGCUUUACUUGUACGACUCUGAGAAACAAUUGGAUUGUAAAGGAGUUAUCAAUCUCUGCAACCACACUGUCCAAAUGCACCCACCAGGACUCCAGGACUACGAACUGUAUAGCAAGCCCCAUUUAAUCAAGCUACAACAAGCCGACGCCGAUGCUGCCUACUACAUCAACUGCCAUAAAUGCAUCGAUAAGGAAGACUGGUUCUUUGCCUUUUUGCGUGCAUCCAAGUCCACAUUGCCUAGAAACGAAUUCAAGCAUGACAAUACUCGAUUUGACCAGUCCGCCAUGAAUCACUUGAUUACCAUGGUGCAUAGUGAUGAGCAUCAUUUCCAGACACAGUGGCUGAAUGCCAUCCUGGGUAGAAUCUUCUUUGGUGUGUAUCGGACGCAGGACAUCAAGGACGCCUUGUACAAGAAGGUGAUUACAAAAUUGGACAAAAUUAAUGCAAAGAGACCCCCCUUUCUGGGCGAAAUUACGGUUCGAUCUGUAGAUCCAGGCCAUUCAUUACCCCGUUUUACGCAGCCCAAGCUGCUUGGCCUUAGUCCCACAGGUGAGCUCACAGCAGAGGCACACAUGCAAUAUGAUGGUGGUUUUCGCAUUGAGAUUGAGACGGUACUCAAAUGGAAAUACUCGGAUUUGCUGAGGCCGCUCACUGUAGAUCUUGUGUUGGGCAUCACACUGAAAGAGAUCCAAGGCAAACUACUGAUCAAGAUCAAGGAGCCUCCUACAAAUCGGUUCUGGUAUGCUUUUUAUGAAUGUCCAAAAAUGGAAUGGAAAGUGGAGCCUGUGGUCUGGGAGAAGCGAGUAGGCUAUUCAGUGGUUGUCAAGGCGAUUGAGACCAAGAUACAAGAGUUUAUCAUGGAGACCAUGGUGCUGCCUCACUUUGAUGAUAUUACCUUCUUCCCAACAGAUGGGGUGGGAGGCAUUUUUGAGGUACCACCAUCAACAUCACAACAACCAACUGAAAAAACAACAUCAGAAGAAAAAGACAAGGCCACCAAGACAAUGGAUGAUACCUUGUCUACAUCACCGCCAUUACCUACACCACCCGCCAAUAUCAAGAAGGCUCGCAAAGAUAGACACAAAGCGGAUGAGGCAUUACUGACGACAGCGAAAUCACUACCCGUGCUGUUCUCCAAUGUACCAGACCGAAUGCCACCACCUUCUAAAUUACGUAGCCAUGCCGUAGUAGACAAAGACAGCGAUCAUAUAUCCAACGCGAGCGCACCUACGUUAUUACAACAACCAUUAGAUACCCAUCAAAACCACAAUUCCCCCAUAUUGAUACCUGCUGAUAAACACCAACAGCCAACAAUAACAACAUCACCCUCAUCACUCAUGGGUCAGAUUGCAAUUCAACAUCCAAACAACCAUCAUGAUACAACAGCUCCUUCUUCCUAUCUAUCCACAUCCCCAGCAGAUGAUUCUUCAGUCCUCAGUUCAUCACCUUGCUCACUCGUCGAAGAUCGUGCUAUAUCGCAUGUAUUAUCUGAAGAUACCAACCUCAUUGUGACACCAUCCACAUCCUCUUCGCUCACAUGUGAUUCAUUAUCAAACAUACAAAUCACGUAUUCACAAGACAGUACCAGCAGUGAACAUAGUAGUAGUAAUGAUAGUCUUGCAGUGGAUCAUACCAAUAACAGCAAUGUGAAACUAAGGAAAUCGAGCUCCUUGGCUCUCCUUCGACCGAAAACAGGAGCCUCCACUGCAGUCAACGUAUCACCUGCUAUGGCUCAUAAGGUACAACAACAACAGUCCAUUUCAACAUCAACAUCAGCAUCUACUAGAAAGAAGGACACGGAUUCCAUCUCUGUCGCUGUUGUCUCUGUGUAG